AGCAAUGGAAAUGUCUCGCCAUCCCAUUGUUCAUCAACCACAAGCUCCCAGAUGCACACGGAGCUUUGAAUGGCAGAAUGAGCUCUGCGACUGUGGCAACGACUGUCACAUCUGUCUCUGUGGAGCAUUCUGCUUCUGUUGCCUAGGAUGCAAAAUUGCCAGAGACAUGGAAGAAUGUUGCUGCUGUGGUCCAACUGUGGCCAUGAGGACCCGCUAUCGGACUUUGUACAGGAUACCGGGAUCCAUCUGCUCAGACUGCCUCGUUGCCGUGUGCUGCGCUCCUUGUAAUCUUUGCCAGCUGAAGAGCGAUAUCAACAGAAGGAAACAAUUGGGGAUAUUCUAGAGCAUGUUGCAAUCGUCUAUAUACUGCUUAUAAUGAUUUGUCUCAGUGUUACUUGCAAUUAGUUCCUUUUUGGAAACCUUUUUGUUCAAGUUUGUGUUCCUUUUUGGGGUUUUUUUUCAUUUUCUGAAGGAAGACUUGUUUUCUCAAAAAUGUUCUAUCCAGGUACCCUCCUAGGCUUUGUUGGUGGCAUCUCUCCUGGUGGAUGCUUCUAUUAUUAUGUACUUGGUUCUGAGCAACCGCAUACCUUCCCCAGAAAUCUGUCCCUCUUAACUUUUCUCUCCAUUUCCCUUUUUACCCAUCCUCUCCCACCCCCACCCCCCAAGAACAUGUGUGUUUUGAAGUGAAAUGUAACAGUACUGGUCUUAUGUGGUAAUUUUAAUAUGAAUUAAAUUCAGUAAUAUUGUG